GGAAAUUACCUGAAUUACUUCAUAUGUUCCAUUUAUUGGCAACAACUGCCCAUCAAAGAACACAAAAUAUUUCACCGCACAGUGUGGUCGAUGAUGACUCAGCCGGAUUGGCUGAAAGCUAAAAUUACGAACAAAUUUCUAUAUGUGCUCCGAUGUGCGCGGUUCAUGUUUGUUGUAUUCGUUAAUGCCGGUGUGCACAGCAAAAUAAAUAAGCGAGUAUCAAAGAUUUGGACGCAACAAACUGCGCAACAGAAUAAUUACAGAGGCAGCACCUCCGUCCGGAAAAAUGCGACUCCGGCUGCGAUUGCAGGUGCUAUCAGGGCGGGCAUGGGCGCCAUAUGCACUAUGCGACCGGGCACGUAACGUAAGCCGAAGGUAAAUACUCGGACUCGCGAGGUGACAUCUCGGAGCAGAAUGUUAACGAUCCGGAGACAACAAAAUCGCAGGGCAAUCACAAUUCUCAUCUGACAAAGCGAUGAGUUGAAUGGGAAAACCAACUAUUUCUAUUUUUAAACCAACACCAAGCCUUCUAAAGAGUCCUUUCCUAGUUCCCAAUUGGAUGGGGAGCUUUACCUUGAACACCUGUAACACUUCAACAGCAGCAGUUCUAAAAGGAGUCAUGGUUUGGCAAAUACUCUCAAUCAUCCACCCAUCCAUCUAAGCCGAUUGUGAAAGUUUUAAACCAAUUUAGAUGAUCCAGCAGUGCUAUUCAAUGUUCUGAUUUGCGUUAUAGGACCUUUUGCGGGGUAACUAGUAUAAGCUUUAUAUCAACAACCAAUAAAUUAGGUGCGAAGAAGCUUGAUGAUCGCGAAAACCAUAAACUUCAACGCCAUAUAAACGAUUUGUCAUCAGCUGUGCCAUGUUCUGCUGUUGAUUCGUGCGGCUUCUCAGGAGUGGGCACGUAACCGCUUAUCGUAAUUGACUUGAUGUGCAAGUGAAGACGCUGGGGGGCUACGAGCAGGAGGAUGCACAUAGUGGGGCCUAAUCGGGGCUAUAUAUUUCGCUCCGGCACAGUUUUCACAAACUGCAAACGCAACUUCAAGUGUGCGGUCGGCUGGCUAAUCGGGGUGCUUGGUUCAGUCACAUUUAAUAACUAGUUAUCAGGUGAAAUCAUGGGUGAUCAAAUUCAAGAUAAGCUGCCACCAAAACGUAGAAGAAACUUGAAAAUCUGUUCUACCGAGUCAUUUAAAUGUUUUCAAAAAGACAUUGAAAAUAAGUAAUCAAUAUCUUAAUAGCAAUUUCCUUAUGCAAGCGAUUGUUUUUGCUCGAUCUCUGUAUAUUUUACAUUAUUUGUAGGACCAUCGGUAAAUAUUAUUUAUCUAGUUAGAACGGACCUAAAAGUCGUAAGGUAAAAUUCUCAAAGUUAUGUAUUAACCAUAAACACACGCUUUCAAUCAAAGGCCAGAUUGGUCAAAAGCUGAUAGUACAUAUUCGCAAAACAAGGAAAGUUCACUACAAAUUAAGUUUAGAAUUAAUUACGGAGUCUUUGGGUCAGUAUCCAGACCAUGGAGUACAAUCGCCAGCCGUGUCCCAUCAGGAUUGUAGAGGAUUGCGGGUGCGCCUUUAUGAUGGGCACCAUGGGAGGAUCGUUGUUCCAGUACCUGAAGGGAUUCCGAAACGCUCCGUCCGGUCUUCGACGUGGCUUGUACGGCGGUAUAGAAUCGGUGAGGUUGCGGACACCGGUCAUAGCCGGCAGCUUUGCCAUUUGGGGCGCCACCUUCAGCACGGUAGACUGCGUCAUGGUCUCGUACCGCCAGAGGGAGGAUUCCUGGAACGCGAUUGUCAGCGGAGCGGCCACUGGCGGGAUUUUAGCCGCCCGGAAUGGAAUUCGAGCCAUGGCCAACAGUGCCUUUGUGGGCUGCCUUGUUUUGGCCAUGCUCGAGGGAGCUGGAGCAGCAGUGGCCACGAUUCAUGCGUCGGAUGGAGGAGUCAAAGCAGAGGAGGGCCUAAUCACUGUUGACCAGCAAAUGCAGAGACCCCAGUGGGAGACAGCCGUUGCUGGUUCGAACCUAACUGGGGCGGAGUUCGAGCGGGUGUUGGAUGAAUGUCGGGCAUACAGGGCACACAACAAGAUACAGCAGCCCAUAUGUUCGGAUGCAGUGGAGGGUAAGGGACUGGGGCAACUGAUGAAGCCAAUUCGCUCGUUGGUCGAUCUGGUAAAGCUGGCCGAAAUCGUCUGAUAGUUUACGCAGCAAAGCAUCUGUUUUGAGUCAACCUCCUAUGCUUCUUCCAAAUUAAGUGUUACUUCGAUAUUCAGCGUUAAUCUUAUAUUAUUUUUAAAAGCCCAGUAGGUACUCGGUAUGAUUUUAUAUCUCAUGGAGAAUGUUUUUCCAUCUUCAAUAAAAGAUCAGCUGGUAUUUGAUUGCAUCUAA